CACUGGGCAUGCGCAGGUCCGUUCGGGAGACUGUAGAUGUUGCCAGACAUCUUCAUCACAGGUUUGAGCUGAACAUCCUCCUUCACAACGAGGGAUCUUCUUCAUUUUCAUCUUGUGCCCCUUUUUUCUAUCGCCGCUGCCGCUGCGCGGUGUGAAAACACAAACAGCACGGAGGGAGUAGAAGCCAUAAGAUGAAGAAACGUUAUGUGGACGCGAACAGGCUACGGAAAAUGAAAAAAAUGAAAAUAACGGAGAGGCUGUCUGAAAGUGCAUACACUUUCCUGAAGUUCAUGAUGAUGUGGACGCUGGUGCUGCUGGCAGAUUUCAUGCUUGAAUUCAGACUGGAGUACUUGUGGCCAUGCUGGCUUUUCUUCGGGAGUGUGUACACCACGUUCCACUGCCAUGGGCUGGUUAUUUGUGUUGUUUUUGUCUGUGCUGCCUUCACUCUGGACAUCUUUUGUUUAAUUUUUGUGCCUUUGCACUGGCUGUUCUUCGUGGCGAGCACUUAUGUGUUAUUCAAUUACAUAUGGCAUACAGAGAAAGGCAUCUGUAUAUCGACGGUGUCCUUGUGGAUUCUGCUCGUGUACACGGAGGCUUCACUCCGACUCAAAGACCUUAAAACCUCUCAUGCCAACCUGUCUCAUUUCUUCGCUGCACACUGCAUUGGAUAUCCUGUAGUGUAUUUGGGGUUUGAUGCCACCUGCUACUUCACCAACAUCUUCAAGCUGCGCAUACAGAAAGCUGUGCAGAGUGAGAACGACUUCCACAUGCACCUCCUGCAGCAUUCGCUCCCUCCGGGCCUGCAGGUUUACCCCAAGAAUGGCACAGAUGGCAGCAGCGGCUCAAAAUGGAAGAUAAAGCCUGAGUCGACUCAGUACCAGUGUCAGAACGGCACUGUAGUGGCCCAUGACGAGGUGCACACUGUGGACUGCCUCCAGAUCCGCAGCGAGGAGAGAGCGACGGAGAAGGGAACACCGGAGAUGAGGUCAGCUGAAUCAAACCGGCGGCCGUUAUCAUCCAAACCUGGUGAGUCCAGGGAUCUGCUCCACUGUGGGGCAGGAGGACCAGAAUCCUCCACAACCCCCGAAAAUCUACCUCAAGAUGAGCAAGGGAGCAAAGCCACAAGGGCGGCUAAAGGCUCCUCGCCAAAAGCCCGCAGAGGCAGCACAAACACCCCUUCACCCCCGACGAGGAGGACGGAGAAGAAGCAGAGAUCCAGCUCGAAAACAUUCUGCCUCAACCAAGACACAACAGAGAAGAGUGCCGCGGCAGCUCAGAAUCACCACGCUGAGCAGAUGACCAAGCUGGAGCAGGAGCUGAGGAGGCUGAGGGGCGAGCUGCAGGUGAGCCGGCAGAGCGAGCAGGAGCUGCGAAGUCACAUCUGCAACUUGACGAACAGCGAGAGGAGCCUGAGACCAGAGGUUUCCCUGCUCAGACAGUCUAACAUGCUACUCCAGAGCAAGAUUCUGUGUCUGACUAAAACCAAGCAGAGGGACAAACAGAGCAGUGCGAUGCUGGAGAAGAAGACCAGAGCAGAGACGGAGGCCAGACUCUCUGUGGAGAAACAGUUGGCUGAGCUUCAGGCUCAGAAACUGGAGGAAGCCGCCAUGAUGGCACGGAGUCUAACAAACAGGCAGGAACACUGUGAAACCCAAAUGUUAAGGAAGAGAGUUAAAGAUCUAGAGACAGAGUACAAACAACUACAGCUGGAGUGUCAAGUGAAAGAGAGUCGUGUGGUAGAGCUAGAGAGUGAUGUUGAGGCUCUGGGAAAGUACCGCUGUGUGGAGAAAGAGACAGACAUGCUGCUGUCCACUCUGUCGGCCAUGCAGGAGAAGGCUCAACAUCUGGAGUACAACCUGAGCGCAGAGACUCGCAUCAAACUGGACCUGUUCUCCGCUCUGGGAGACGCCCGCCGGCAGCUGGAAAUCGCUCAAGAUAAAGUGAUGAGGCAGGACCGGGAGAUCAAGGAGAUGAAGCAGAAGAUUGCGGAGGUAAUGGCCGUCAGUCCCGCAGUGUCCUACAUGGCUCCUCGGCCUCCGGUGCCGCAGUAUCUCACCAAGUUACUCAGCUCUGAGCGCUACAUGCUGAAUCCACGAGCACUGAUGUACCAGUGUCUGAAGAAAUAAAGGAUGUCAUCGCCUUUCUCCGAUCCUCAGACCCCUCUGUCAUGAAACAUUAGGGAAAGGGGGCUAAUGGAUCUUUAUUACAGAGCUAAAUGACACCAUGAGGUCAUCUACUUCCAGCCAUGAGUGGAACCAGAAUGAGCCGCCACAAGUUGAAUGCCUUUCGCUGCACUGAUGGUGCUAACUUUUACAUUGGGUUGAAGCGUUUCACUCCAAAAUAAGAAAUCUGAUAUGCAGAGCAGCGGCUUAAGAUACAGCAUGAACCAUCAAGUUGGGAUGCAACAGAGAGAAAAAAAAGCACAUUUCUUCAAAUUCAGACCCUAAAGAUUUGUCGAAAUGGACGAUUUCUGGAUAUGUUUAGAAUGUACCAGCGGAUGAGUCACGCUACCCUGCAGACCCACUAAAUUACCGACCGUAAAAGACCGAUUAACUCUGUACAAUAUAUUUUCUUGGCAUGACAGUAGAACGUCACACGUUGUUUAUGUUGCUAUCAAAAGUAUUAUACUUACAAAGUUUAAAGAUUUUAGGGACUAUAACAACCUUUGUUUUAAUUACAUAGAAUGAUUUUGAUCUGCAGGGAUAUUUAAAAUAACAUGGUAUCAUUUUUUUAAUCUUUUGUUUCCCUUUGAGUCAAAUGAUUUUUAGUAUAUGUUAGAACAAAAUGAUCUCACAAGUAUGGAAAACCAUUUCUGGCAAUGUGGUGAAAAAAGAAAGAUCCUGUAAGUCAUUAUAAUAAGAAACUCUCAAAAUAAGUACCAAGUAUCUCAAAAUGAUGACAUAGCAGUGACACUGACAAUGGAUAGUUAAAGGUAACUUUCACUCAGAACUUCUUUCAAGUUUUCUAUGGAUUUCUUAAAAGAGAAUUGCUUUUAAUAUAUUAUUUAAAAAGAGAUUAAUUUCAGAACACGAUUAGGAUUAAAUCAUAUUGAAAAUACAACUAAAUGUUUCUGGAGCAGCAACAGUAAUACAUACAAAAGUAAAGUCACGAUAUAAACUCCAUAAGAUCUCACUGGAAACAAUCUGAAAUGAAUAAUAAUCCCAACAUCCGAUACUGGUUGAAGUUUAGAGCGACUGACUGAAGAAACACCAACACGUUUAAAAGAACCGAUAACAUAGAAGCUUAUCAAUACUGCAGUCUAAUAAUUUAGCACUGGUGCCCAUUCCGGGUUUUGUUACCCAUCCCUACACAAUAAUCCUGUUGUGAAAAUCUGAUAUUGCGACAGCCCUAGUCAUGAUUUACAGGGUCUUUUUUUUCGGCUACGGCUACGUUUUUGGAUUUGUAUUCUCUGUUACUGGUGGGAAUGAGUUUCCAUAAAUAAGCCUUUUUCCCAGCAGAUAGUUUGACUUGUCAUAAGCCCACAAUAAUGGCAAUACCUGUGCUCUUCGUACCGUGACAAGUCAAAAUGUCUUUAGUGAAAAAACACCCGUAAAUUAUUAAGAUAUCAUGCUGCGACAGAUUUAGGUAAAACUGCACUGUUCAGAACGUCUCAAUAUGAAUAUGGAGAGAUGAUAAAUGAUAUUGAAUUAACCCCAAAACCUAGUUUUGAUGGUGUUUGAUAAAACACAAAUAUAAGGUCCAAACAAUAUUCUAUUUACAAACAUAAAAACAUUAAUAUAAAUAUUACCUGACAUCAACAAAUGCUAAAUAUUUAAGGAAAGUGUGCCUGUAAAUAAUGGAUUAUAAUGAUUAUUUGAAUUGUGCUGAAAUUAAAAUUAAAUUAACAGCUUCAAAUCUAAAGUGUGUUUUGGAACGAGAGCCUUCAGAGUUGCAGACAUUUCAAUCCGACGGGUGUCGUUUACAUGUGAAGCUUCGUGGCAGCGGUCCGGUAUUGAGAACAAUGUGCAGCAAUGUUUAAUUGUUGGAGACAAACGAUGCGGUAAAAGAAGCUCACGCUCAGCAGCAACUAUCACCCUUUGUUUCAACUAACCUCUGGAAAAGAGAGAAAGUGUGACUCAAUUAGACUCGGUAACGAGUUGAAGGGGAGAAAAACAAGGAACCAAACAUGGUUCAUGAAUUUAAUUACUGUGCCUAAUAUACAUUACUUUCAAACUGGGGAGUAAAACACAAAUUUAAUGUGAAAAGUAAUGUGUUUGAAUUGAAGUGCUAUGUACUGUUUUUGUAGAUUGUUUUUUUGUUUUUACUCACUGUACAGAAUUGAAAAAGACCCACGCAGCGGAAAAACACUCAUGAACUGGAUGUCGCCAUUUUGGUAGCUUUUUAUUUAGAGCGUGUUUCUAGAGUGUUUUAUAUCAAAAAUAUUUUUUAGUCUUGCUGUACCUUUAUUAUACUGCUGUAAUUUUGUACGGCAAUGUGUUUGUCAGCAUGAAAUGUGUUUUAUUCAACUGUUAUUUGAGCACACAUUGUGACUUUACGUACAGGAAUUUACUUGUACAAGGGCUACAGUUUCUUAAAACUUUGAACAAAUAACGAAGUCAAACAGUGAUGCUCGGAGGGCAGAGCUCAUGCUCCUGAUACUCCAGGAUGGGUUUUUUUCUAUAAAUAAUUUAAACGAUUGAAUUUUGUCUCAAUUGGUUUCUGUGUGUACAUUGUUUUACUUUUAGAAUGCGAGUUACAACUUCAUACACAUUUUACUUUCAAAUGCAAUUUCCUACAAAUAGUAUCUAUUUUUUUAUGCCUUUUUUCAACACACUAUACACUGUCUUUUUAUAACAUACAUGCUACAUCAUGACAUGUACUAUACUAUUUAACAUACGACACCAGGAAUUUUUCCGACAUAAUACUAGGACUUUUUAAAGAAUUUUUCGACAUGCGAUCAUUGGCGUUUUUAAUAUGUUUACGUAGGAUAGUAUCCGACUUUUUAUGACUUUUGCCGACAUCAGAAAUAACACAUUCUCCCAUCUUUAAUCUUCUUUCACUUUCCUUGAUCAUGAAAAUUGACACCAAACUAAAAAGCUGAAGUGUAAAUAUUUAUUUCAGGAAGUGAAAAAGAAGGUAAAUGCAUCGCAGAAACAGAGCACUGGUUCUAGCCUACAGUGUACAAGAUGGUUACAAGCAUGCCAGGCAGUUCCACACUUGUAUCUCGAAGCAUCUACAGACCCGUCAAAAAAGUAGUGUCACAGCAUAGAGCAGACUCGAUCGCUGACAUUUUGAAUGAUGCCAUAUCCAAUUUAUCCAAGUAAAGCAGCCAGAGGCCACAGGACAUUUCCAUAAAAGGAUAUAAAAGUGUACAGCAGUGCAAACUAACAGAGUUCCCCAAACAGGUAACACAGAAGGGGGACAUGAGCCGAUAUCUAUAUGGCGGGGGC